AUGUCGGGCCCCCGGGCCAGGAGUGAAGCCGCGAGCCAGGAACCCAUCAGCAUGGCGGGGAAGUGCGACACCAUCUACCAGGGCUUCGCCGGCUGCCUCAUCAGCCUGGGGGACAGCAUGGCCCAGAGCGUCCGGCGGCAGCGGGAGGAGGGCGGCGAGGAGGCGGAGGAGCUGGACACCAUCUGCAAGCCCGGGGACGACUCCCACGCCUGCGCCAGCGAGGUGCUCUCGAGCUGCCCCGAGGAAGCGGCCGCCAUCUGGGAAUCGCUGCGCCAGGAGUCCCGCAAGAUCCAGUUCCAGGGGAACCUGCAGGAGCUGUGCAGCGCCCGGGGACACAUCAACGGCUCCUCGCUGGCGCGGCCCCGCGGCUCCCGGCAGCGGCGGCAGGUAGAUCUGGCCGGCACGUGGGACACCAUCCCUCUCGGUAAAGGCAACAGCACCCGGACCAUCAAAAUCCUCCGGCCAACGUGA